AAGAAGGAUAAGACUCCCUCCAAGAACAAGGAGAACGACGAUGACGAGGGCGGCGAGCUCAGACCCGUCUGCGCCAUCGCGAAGCCCCUCGCCGACAUCGGCUUCCACAAGAAAAUCCUCAAGGUUGUCAAGAAAGCCUCCAAGCACAAGCAGGUGAAGCGCGGCGUGAAGGAGGUGGUGAAGGCGCUCCGCAAGGACACCAAGGGGCUUUGCGUCAUCGCGGGCGACAUCUCCCCGAUCGACGUCAUCACGCACAUCCCCAUCCUGUGCGAGGAGUCGAACGUGCCCUACAUCUACGUUCACUCCAAGGAGGAGCUCGGCGCCGCCGGCCAGACCAAGCGGCCCACGAGUUGCAUGCUGGUCCUCCCGGAUGCGCAGAAGGGCGGCGAUAAGAUGAGCGACGACGACGCCAAGGAGUUCAAGGACAUGUACGGCAAGGUGGUCUCUAAGAUCAAGAGCCUCGACUGA